AUGGCUUGCGACAAAGACGGAAACACUCGAGAUCGUUGUUGGACCCUCGUGGGUUAUCCCCCUAGCCGUAACCCGAGACCCAAGACCCAGCCUUCCAUUCUUGGUCAGCCCCCAUCCAGAAUAUACCAGACCGCCGUUACUCCGUCGGCCUCAAGCCCGAUUCCUGGCUUGUCACUGGAGCUCUACCAGAAGCUUUUUGGCUUGCUCGCACCAUCUUCCUCUCCGAUUAAGUCCUCUGUCAACUUCAUUGGUUUUCGUCAAUAUCAGGCUGAUCACUCCUUAUUCACUCUUGUCACUCACACAAGCAUCACUAUUGUUCUUAUGAUCGUAUCACUUGGCGCGGGGCCAUGCGAUGCUUUAUUUGGAGGAGGAAACAUUCCUGCUUUUGUUUUGGCUUCCGUCUCUGGCUUUGUGGCUGGUGUUAUUGCAAUCCGCAGGCUGCCAAAUAUUUCCAGCGGCUCUUACAAGUCAUCCGGUUUCCAUUUGGGUUAA